AUGCCCCCAUGGGGAAGACCACCAGGGGCACGAACGGGGAGAAAUACUAGGGGACGUGCGUGGGAGGAGACACGGCUGGAGGAGGUGGAUAGUGAGGAAGAUGCAUACGGGCGGGAGUUGGUGCGGAGCGGUCGAUACAGGCAGGAGUAUGGAGGGCGCGGCCCGCGGAGGCGACCUGUGGAUUAUGAGGACCUGACGGAUGAAGCUGAAUCGCUUGAUGGGGGAGAAUUCGAUCUAUACGACUAUGAGGAUAGCACGGUGGCCUACGCGAUCCAGUUGGCCAUGCGGGAUAAGGAGGAUCAAUUGGUGGACACGGCGCUCGAACGAAUUCGCCGCGCCCAAGUUCUGGGAAAGAAAAACGUCCGGCUGUCGAAACAGGAACUGGAUGCCUUGGAGCGCAAGCGCCAACAGACGCAUGGUUCAAGUGGAAGCCGGCGUUCAUCAGUCAAUUCUAUCAAAGGGACGUCGCGCCCAUCAUCCCGACGGAGCGUUGUCGCGCCAGAGCCCGGCGCGUAUUCGACCUUUGCGCCUGAUGCACACAGCACCUGGGCUCGUGGGACGGCCGGCUCGCGGCCGUCCAGCUCAUCUUCUGCUCGUCCUCGCACUCCAACGACACAAUCUCUUCGUCCCCAGCAGUCCAAUUCACCUCUUCGGCCUACCUACCCAUAUACUCCUGAGCGCUUUGCCCCCACUGCCCGACCACAGUCGAUGCCACAACCGCCUGUGUUCCCACGGCCACUGCCAGAUGAUCCGCAGUGGGCCCCGUCCUACUACAAUACAAUGCAAAUGAGCCCAUACGGGGAACCUGCGCCAUACCUACCGCAGGUGCCCACCGAUCUCCGGGCUGGUCAGCAAAAUCGAAUCAGUUACCCUUCAGGGCCUCCAUAUCCAGUUAGUCAAUCUUCGACCAAGCGCUCACCGUCAGAUCCAGUCAAGUUAGAGACGGAGCAAUCCACGGAAGAUGAAUCGGGGAGCGAGGAUGAAGUGCAGAUCGUCAAGGUGGCCAAGGUGGCGGAGCGCAAGGCUUCAGUUGCGCAGAGGCGGCCGGUUGCUGGAACCACCCGUAAACGGACCAGCCGAUGA